GGGGGGAACUGAAUACUGAGUCUCCUUUAUAAAACAAAGUCGCCUAUCACCGACCCGGAUUCGCAGAUGGCGGCAAAAAAACCGUGAUAAAGCGGAAUUAAGGCGGUGUCUGUUAUUGAAUUAGAAACGGAGGCGGUGCGUUCAUAUCCCCAUUCCGCGUUGUUCACGUUUUAUUUGACAGUAGCCUGUGAAUUCCGAUGUAUAUGUGCCACUAGACUUUCCAGUUUGAGAAUGCGCCUAAAUACGCUUUUCCAAAUUGUCAAAUUAGGGCUUUUAUAGUCAUGAAAAUCAAGGUCGGCUCUACCCUUUUGGGGAACCUAAAGCGAGUCCUCCUCUUCAACCAAGCGGGCAAAUUUGACGGCCCAGAGAAAAUAUUGCACUUUUAUUUAAAAAUAAAAUCCCAAAUCAAGCACUGGUUAAUUAACAUUCGUUAUGGCCCAAUGUGAUGUGUUCGGAUAUAAGUUCCAUUCGCGCUGUUCACCAACGAUUAGGAAACGUUUGGAUAUUGAAUGCGGCUCCGCAAAUCCUCCGACCCAAAACUUCCGCCUUCAAGCAGUCGAUUCGUGCCAAACACAGACAUGCCUGCAAACAUAAACUGAUAGUCUGACUCUUGAGGGCUCUCAACAAAGCCUCUCCUGUGAGUAUGUGUAUAUAUAUAUUAUAUGUUAUAGUAUGAAGAUGAUUUUUAGGAAAUCGAACAUAUAAAUGAUUAUGCAGCCAGCAAAGUUGUAUACCAUGUAGUCAAAACCUCCCAGCAAGUGGGUGAUUUGAAAUCGCCAUAACUUCUUCAUCUGACUGCGGAUGAUAGCUACGUUUUCAAAGUCAAAUUAGGUCAAAUUUGUAGCAACAAAACGCAAAGAAAACAAACGGGAAAACAGCAAAAAUGUAAGCUUGAAAGAGGGACGUACCCAAAAGGAUAGAGGAGGGCGGACGACCGACCAAACCGAUCAACCGACCAAUCAACCAACCAACCAAUCCACCAAUCCACCAACCGACCGACCAAUCAACCGGCCGCACAAAAUACCAAAAACUAUCCGUAUCCAAGAUGAGGCGAGCCAGCCGAGGAGGGGAUGAAUCUGGUGCCGGUGCUCCCCGUCAGAACGGUGUGUCUGGGGCGAGAGGCGGCACCAGAGGAGCGGCUGCGGAUCGGGGGGAUACGGUAGCCGGCGGCGGCGGUGACGAUGAUGAGGCGGCGUGCAGCCCAGCAGACAUGCAGGAUGAGGACAAUGAUCCGGCGCGGAGGAGAGAGAUCAGGAGCAAGUACAGGGACCUCAUCAACUCUGUUCAACAGAACAGAGAGGACAUGUUGAGUCCCACCAACAACAAACUGACAGAUGUGUUGGAGGAGGCCAACAAACUGUUUGCAGAAGUCCGUCAGGCCCGUGAAGCGGCUUUAGACGCCCAGCUCCUGGUGCUGGCUACAGACCUGGGGAAGGAGAAGGCCAGCCAGCUACACGCAGAGGGAUCAGCCUUCGACCCCGCAGCCUUUGCUGAACACCUGCUGUCAUUCAUGGGUCUGAAUCGCCUGGAGGAGGAAGAUGUGGAGGGUGGAGCGAGCGGCGGGUACCUCCCCCAGGACGCCUGGCAGAGGGUAGCUAACAGAUCUCAGCGCUGCUUCAGGACUGCUCCCUCUUUCCACUAUAUGAUGGGAUCGUUCCUGGCUGAGCUACCGCCACCUCGCCAGAGGGUAGAGAGACAGAGGAAAGUUCCUGGGAAGGAGGUCAAGAGGAUCAUGCCCACUCAGUUGAAGAGGAUGGAGGAGUCUCACCAGGAAGCUACAGAGAAAGAGGUAGAGAGGAUUCUGGGAUACCUGCGGAGCUACUUCUUUGACGACCCCACAUCUCCCAUCUCCUACUAUGAGUUUGUCAUAGACCCCACCUCCUUCUCCCGCUCUGUGGAGAACAUCUUCCACACCUCCUUCCUGGUCAGGGAUGGUUUGGCGAAAAUGUACCUGGAUAAUCACAAACUUCCUUGUAUCGCCCCUGUGGAGGAAGGGGAGGUGGAGGCUGGAGGAGCGUCUAACAGGCAGCAGUGUGUCAUCUCUAUCAGCCCCAAGAGCUGGAAGGAGUUAAUUGAGGCCUUUGAUAUCACCGAGCCACUGAUCCAUGCUCCCAGCACACAGAACACAGAAUGAUGCUGAUAUAACAGCUAUUUCCUUUUAAAACAUUAGAGAAUUUUAUCGACUUUAACUUUAGCUAUAAAUAUUAGUUUUCUAUUCAUAGGUCUUGUUCGCGGUUUUUGUAUUGUUUGAUUAAAGAGAGUGAACCC